GCAGCGCUCGUCAGUCGGUUCGCUUCCUUUCCUCCGAGCGCAAAAAUGGUCCGAUCUCCGUGUUGCUCCUCUGGCGACCACCAUGAGGCGGAGGAGGGGUUGAAGAAAGGGCCGUGGAGUGCCGAGGAGGACGCGAAGCUGAGCGAGUACAUAGAGAAGGAAGGGCAUGGGAGAUGGAGCGACCUCCCCAGGAAAGCAGGCCUCAACAGGUGCGGCAAGAGUUGCAGGUUGAGGUGGAUCAAUUACCUGAGGCCUGACAUCAAGAGAGGCAACUUCUCUGAGGAAGAAGAGGCCGUGAUCGUCCACUUCCAUUCUCUUUAUGGAAACAAGUGGUCGAAGAUUGCGAGCCAUCUCCAGGGGAGGACAGACAACGAAAUUAAGAACCAUUGGAACACCCGCAUGAGGAAGAAGCUGCUCCGGAUGGGCAUCGAUCCGAACACCCACAAGCCGAGGACCGAUCAUCUCAACCAAGCCAUGAGCCUUUCACAGCUACUAAGUACUGGUGGAUCACACUUGAGCAGCUGCUCAUCACUGAGCUCUUUGGAGAACGCCAUCGCAAAUGCCACUGAACUAGCCAAGCUACAGCUCCACAACUUGCUAGUUCAAAUCAUCGGCACAAGCAGCCCACCUCCAAUCUUGGAUCAUAGCACCAACACUCUAUUGGGAGUUCCAGAUUACCGUAGUCACCAUCUGGGUGUUCCAGGGUUUGCUCCAACCAUGGAGCACCAAGCAGUGAACCAGUCAUCACCAUGGACAAGUUAUGGAGGUGGGUUGGGCGACAAUGCAUGCCUUCCUCAAUUGGUCUCAGCUGCCUCUCCUGAGGGUUCUGCAAUCAUGAACCAGAUGGAAAGUGAGGGCCUUCCAAUUUGCAGCGACUUGCCCACACAAUCUCCAGCCCUCACCUUUGUGGAGGACUGGGACAAUUUGCUUGAAGAUGACACAAGCGCCUCCUUCUUGAGAGAGAUUCUGCAAUAGCCGAAGACCGAGUUCAUCUCUCACUGUAACUGUGGAAAAUUAAAGUCGAGGCCAUCUCCAUACGGAUUUACGAGCAUCAAACCGAGGAUACUAAAGAAAAUUUCUUCAUUUCUUCUUUUUUGGGGGGGUUUGCUCUAUUGUCUAUUCCUAUUCACUAUUCACGUGUUAAUAAUUCUUCAACAAAAUUUAGGGACGCUUCCCUAUAGUAAUGUUCCAACGAUGUGGAAAGAGGAAAGGAGGAGGAA